CUUUCUAAAUCGCCUUCUCCUGAAUAUAACUUCCAAGCGAAGCUGCUCCCAGGAUGACCACGCUGGCUGGAGCUGUACCCAGAAUGAUGCGACCCGGCCCGGGGCAGAACUAUCCGCGCAGCGGGUUCCCGCUGGAAGUGUCCACCCCCCUCGGCCAGGGCCGAGUCAACCAGCUCGGCGGUGUUUUUAUCAACGGCAGGCCGCUGCCCAACCAUAUCCGCCACAAGAUCGUGGAGAUGGCCCACCACGGCAUCCGGCCCUGCGUCAUCUCCCGCCAGCUGCGCGUGUCCCACGGCUGCGUCUCUAAGAUCCUGUGCAGGUACCAGGAGACCGGCUCCAUCCGCCCCGGUGCCAUUGGCGGCAGCAAACCCAAGCAGGUGACAACGCCCGACGUGGAGAAGAAAAUUGAGGAGUACAAAAGAGAGAACCCGGGCAUGUUCAGCUGGGAAAUUCGAGACAAAUUACUCAAAGAUGCGGUCUGCGAUCGAAACACGGUGCCCUCAGUGAGUUCCAUCAGCCGAAUCUUGAGGAGUAAAUUCGGGAAAGGCGAGGAGGAGGAGGUCGACCUGGAGAGGAAGGAGGCCGAAGAGAGCGAGAAGAAGGCGAAACACAGCAUCGACGGCAUCCUGAGCGAGCGAGCUUCAGCACCCCAGUCGGACGAAGGCUCCGACAUUGACUCUGAACCUGAUUUGCCACUGAAGAGGAAACAGCGCAGAAGCCGAACCACCUUCACAGCAGAGCAGCUCGAAGAGCUGGAACGAGCCUUUGAGAGAACCCACUACCCUGACAUCUACACCCGGGAGGAGCUGGCGCAGCGGGCCAAGCUCACGGAGGCCCGCGUGCAGGUCUGGUUUAGCAACCGCCGUGCAAGAUGGAGGAAGCAAGCUGGGGCCAAUCAACUGAUGGCUUUCAACCAUCUCAUUCCCGGGGGCUUCCCUCCCACCGCCAUGCCCACCUUGCCAACAUACCAGCUGUCGGAGCCCUCGUACCAGCCCACUGCUAUUCCACAAGCCGUGUCGGACCCCAGCAGCACGGUUCACAGACCUCAGCCGCUUCCCCCGAGCACUGUACACCAAAGCACUCUUCCUUCGAACCCGGACAGCAGCUCUGCCUACUGUCUCCCCAGCACCAGGCAUGGAUUUUCCAGCUAUACAGACAGCUUUGUGCCUCCGUCUGGGCCCUCCAACCCCAUGAACCCCGCCAUUGGCAAUGGCCUUUCACCUCAGGUAAUGGGACUCCUGACCAACCAUGGCGGGGUACCCCAUCAGCCCCAGACCGAUUACGCUCUCUCCCCUCUCACCGGGGGCCUGGAGCCCACCACCACGGUGUCGGCCAGCUGCAGUCAGAGACUAGAGCACAUGAAGAGCUUGGACAGUCUGCCAACAUCUCAGUCCUACUGUCCACCCACCUACAGCACCACCGGCUACAGUAUGGAUGCUGUCGCAGGCUACCAAUAUGGGCAGUAUGGACAAAGUGCCUUUCAUUAUCUGAAGCCAGAUAUCGCGUAAAUGGACUGUCCACUUGGAGCUGAAACUGGCCCUGGUUCCGGUCUCCACAGCUGAAACAUGAAGAAUCUUCUCAGAAAAAUAUAUUACCCUUCUGGGGGGCAGUCUUAACAGGAGAAAAAGGAGAAUGAUUGAUUUUCUUUCUCCAGUAGUUGGUUUCAAAUUCUUUUGAACACGCUGGACAAAAGCAGUGGAGAAAGGGAAGACCCGGAACAAUAAAGAUGAAUGCAACAUUUUAAGGCAAUGAUUUAACAUGGCUACUUAUCAAAUAUCCCAAUUCUUUAGUGCUGAUGAUCAAGGAGCUAAAACAUUCCAUUUGUGUGUGUGCAUGGGUGUGCAUGCAUGGGUGUGCGUGCACAUGUGUGUGUGAGAUUUAUCUGGACUGGUCUGGGCAAACCGAAUGUUAUAGAAUAUAGUCAGAGAUUCUCUAAAGUAUAACGUGAUUGAUACCCAAUGCUGACACUUGUACAACUUUCAAACUGCUCACUUAAUGAAGCAAGAAUGGAGGAAUCCUUCAUUUUACACACUGGAAACGGAUAUAAAAAUAAAUGCCACCAUUUUUAGGAAGUUAGACUAGUAGUAAAGGACCUCCCCAAUAAAUUAUUUGUUAUCUCAUCCUCAGUUGUACUUCAGUUGUUACUACAUGUCCCGGAAGGAUACAUCUUGCUCAUAGGACGUGGGGUGACAGGAAGAAAGCGUGUUUUCUUUCCCAUCGUGGGGGAGGGGUGUGCGUUUCCCCACGCAUUUUCCUGUAGAAGCCGACUGGGCGGGGAGGACGGGUGGAGCAGUGACGUGCGUCCCCACAGCUGCUUACCAGUGUGCAAUACUCUGUACCUCACGGGAGCUUUGGCGACGGCCAGGGUCGUAUUCACAGAAUCAGAACUAUAUUUUUGCAGGUGCUUUUCUUUUCGCAGCUCACGCGUCACUGUGGUCGAGUGCAGUGAUGUUUGCUCUUUGCUGGACAACCAACACCCGGCUUGAUCCUUUUGACUAGAGAACGUGUUUGAGAAUAAUGCUUUUAAAAUGACUACGUUUACAUUCUCUUUUCUAUGAAAGGCAGGGCGAGAACAGACAUGUCCACGUGGCUCUCGUGUGCUUUUAAAUUAUACAGUGAUAUCCAAUAUGAAAAGAUUAUAGGACUGAGGUUUACAUACGUUUGCGUGGUGACAUUUUAGAAUGUCAAUAAAUUUGUUUUUUUGAGAUGUUAAGAGGAGCAAGAAGGGGGAAGGCAGCGUUAUUUAUUUCUUUCUAUUCUUGGAACCAUGAAUGAGGUAGGCACAAAUACAUUCCCUUUAGAGCUAAGAACUAGGACAUAGUGGGUUAGUGAGACUAGACGUAGUGCCGAGUUUAGUUCAUACAUUGGUCUUAGAGGGUGAUGGAUGGAGAGAAGUUCUAUCUUUGUGUUGCGGCCUCCACCAACAACAAUGUGUUGUAAAAAUGUCUUUCAUGUAAAAAGUGCAGUAAAUAUUUACUAUUUAUAAUGAAUAAACAGCUAUGAAAACUUGUCCCCACA